AUGGGGCCCCCAGUGAGUCAUCUGCUGGCUGGCCUGUGUGUGUGGGUGGCCUUGGGCUGGGUAGGGGCCUCAGCCCCCUACCUGGGCCCUGCUGAGCAGGAGCAGAACCAUUACCUGGCCCAGCUGUUUGGCCUGUAUGGGGAGAAUGGGACGCUGACUGCAGGGGGCCUAGCGAGGCUUCUCCACAGCCUGGGGCUAGGCCGAGUUCAGGCCCUCCGCCUGGGACACCACGGGCCUCCAGCUGGUCGGGCUACACCCGCAGCUGGAGACAAUUUCACGCACAGGCCCCAGGACCCCGAGCUGAGUGUGGACGUCUGGGCAGGGCUGCCUCUGCACCCCUCUGGGUGGGGUGACCUGGAGGAGACCGAGGCCCCAGCACCACCCCAUGGGCCAGCCCCAUCGGGCCUGGGCCUCUUUCACAGGCUUCUGCUGCUGGACCAUUCACUGGCUGACCAUCUGAAUGAGGAUUGUCUGAAUGGCUCCCAGCUGCUGGUCAAUUUUGGCUUGAGCCCUGCUGCUCCUCUGACCCCUCGUCAGUUUGCUCUGCUGUGUCCAGCCCUGCUUUAUCAGAUUGACAGCCGUGUCUGCAUCCGGGCCCCAGCUCCAGCGCCCCCAGGGGAUCCGCUAUCUGCCCUGGUUCAUAGUGCCCUGGCAGUCCUGCUGCUCAGCCUGCCUGCUCCCCUCUCCUUGCUGCUGCUGCGGCUCCUGGGACCUCAUCUGUUGCAGCCCCUGCUGGGCUUCCUGGGGGCCCUGGCCGUGGGCACUCUUUGUGGGGACGCCCUGCUACACCUGCUGCCACAUGCGCAAGGAGGGCAGCAUGCUGGACCUGGCGGGCAGCCAGAGGAGGACCUGGGACCAGGACUGUCGGUGCUUGGCGGUCUCUUUCUUCUCUUCGUCCUGGAGAACAUGCUAGGGCUUUUGCGGCGCCGAGGGCUCAAGCCAAGAUGCUGCCAGCGAAAAAGAAAGGAUCUCAGAACUCCAAACCUGGACCCGGAGGAUGGCAGUGGGAUGGCGCUUCGGCCCCUGCAGGCAGUUCCAGAGCCAGGGGCUCAGGGCCAGAGGGAGCAGGACAGCCAGCCCCCAGCAGUCGUGGCCCCUCCUGGGCACCAAGGCCACAGUCAUGGAUGUCAGGGUAGCGGUGGCACCAAUAUCACGUGGAUGGUCCUCCUGGGGGAUGGUCUGCACAACCACUGAUGGGGGAAGAGGUGCGAGGACCAGGGGGCUGGCGCUGCCUUCUCUGAUGGCUUCUCCAGUGGCCUCAGCACCACCGUAGCAGUCUUCUGCCACGAGCUGCCCCAUGAACUGGGUGACUUUGCGAUGCUGCUCCAGGAAGGGCUGCCCUUCCAGCGGCUGCUGCUGCUGAGCCUGGUGUCUGGAGUCCUGGGACUGGGGGGUGCAGCCCUGGGGGUGGGGCUCAGUUUGGGCCCUGUCCCCCUCACACCCUGGGUGUUUGGGGUCACUGCCGGGGUCUUCCUCUACGUGGCCCUUGUGGACAUGCUACCAGCCCUGCUUCGUCCACCUGGGCCCCUCCCUACGAUUAAUGUGCUACUGCAGGGGCUGGGGCUGCUGCUGGGGGGUGGCCUCAUGCUCACCAUAGCCCUGCUGGAGGAGCAGCUGUGGCCUCUGGUCUCUGAUGGCUGA